UGUCUCUGCUUCAUCUCAUCCCUGCAGCUGCGUGAGGAGGAAGGAGAAGCAGCAGAGGUUUUGCAAUGAGCACAUCACUCCCUGCCGUGGAAGGAGCCAGCCCUGCUUGCUGGAGCCAGCCAGUGUGGAACAGGAGUUGGCAUCACCAGCUCUUGAUGCAUGGGGACACUCACUACAACUGGACCAACUGGGAACCUGGUCACUGGAGCAAAGUCCCUGCCACGCUGCUCAUCUGCCUUUGUGGGCUGCUGGGGAAUGCGGCUGUGCUCUGGUUCUUCACUUCCCAUGUCCGCAGGAACCCCAUCACCAUCUACGUUCUCAACCUGGCCGUGGCUGACUUCACCUUCCUCCUCUCCAUCACCACUGCCCUUGGGGUACUUUAUGGCCCGGAGACCCUUUGCCACAGGCUGGGCUCACGGGACGUGACAACUGUGUUGAACAUCACCAUUCUCUUCUCUUUCACCGCCAGCGUCUUCCUCCUGACAGCCUUCAGUGCCGUGGCAGCUCUGUCUGUCCUUCCCAUGGCCCACUGCCACUGCUCCCAGUGCUUGCCAGUGCUUGUGUGUGCCCUGUUCUGGGCCCUCUCCUUUCUUUUCGCCCUGACCCUCUUCUUCUGCCCUGCAGCACUCAUUGCCUUCAUCCUCAGCUACCUCUUAUCACUACUUACCCUGGUUUUAUCUGGUUUAACCCUGCUUGCCAGGGUCUUGUGCUGUUCAUGGCAGCAUCCUCCAGGGAAGCUCUGUGCUGUGGUCCUGCUCGCUGUCGUCUUCUUCCCCUUCUUCACAGCUGAUUUUGAGUAUUGGCUUUUGCUAAGGCUGUUUGAUUUUUCAGUCUUUGUCUUCGAUGCCUCUCUGCCCUUGGCCUGUGUGAACAGCAGCAUCAACCCUGCUAUUUACUUCUUGGCUGGGAGCUGCACAAGGAAGUUCACACUCUCUGUGAGGGUUGCUUUCAAGAGGGCUUUUGGAGAUGUAGCAGAGCCCCAGAACAAAGGUGAAACUCCCAGAGCAAACACAGUGGAACCAGCUGUUUAAACCUCUGCAACCUCCCCCCCCCCCCGGGAGAAGAUGCUCCAGGGAUGGAGAGAAGGAAUAUGGGCCAGAACAGGAUUAGCUGCAGCAUGACAAAGUGUGCUGGGUGGC